AAUAGAAUAGUAUAGAGUAGAUCGCCAGAUUGAAGAUGACACACAUUGAUACUCACGACUACGUGUCUGUUUUCUCCGCCCGAUCGCCAUUUUAGUCCUUUAUUCUUCCGUCCCCGAUUUUCCCUCUCCUCCAUUCCUUUUCUCUCCGCCUCCAUUUCUCCCAUUACCUACUCGUUCAUGGCUCCAUCUCUGGAGGAUAAUAUUAAUAAUAAAAGUAAUAGUAUCGCCGCCGCCGUUGCCGGAGGAGGAAUAAUUGGGGACGAAAUGACGACACGAGUCACGGUCGUGGGCAGUGGCAAUUGGGGAAGCGUCGCCGCCAAGCUCAUUGCUUCCAACACACUUAAGCUUAAUUCCUUCCAUGAUGAAGUGAUUAUGUGGGUGUUCGAGGAGAUAUUGCCCACUGGCGAAAAACUCUCACAAGUCAUCAACCGAACUAAUGAGAAUGUUAAGUAUCUCCCUGGCAUAAAGCUAGGUAAAAAUGUUGUUGCAAACCCUGAUCUUGAAAGUGCAGUGAAGGAUGCAAACUUGUUAGUAUUUGUGACACCCCAUCAAUUCAUGGAAGGCAUUUGUAAAAGGCUAGUGGGGAAAAUAAGAGCGGAUGCUGAAGCAAUAUCCCUUAUUAAAGGAAUGGAGGUCAAGAGGGAAGGUCCAUGCAUGAUCUCUUCCCUCAUCUCAGAACAGCUCGGAAUCAAUUGCUGUGUUUUGAUGGGGGCCAACAUUGCAAACGAGAUUGCGGUGGAAAAGUUUAGUGAAGCAACAGUGGGAUACAGAAAGAAUAAAGAGAUUGCGGAUAAAUGGGUUCAGCUAUUCAAUACUUCAUAUUUUGCGGUCACCGCUGUCCAGGAUGUUGAGGGAGUUGAACUAUGCGGAACUCUGAAAAAUGUCGUGGCUCUUGCAGCAGGAUUUGUGGAUGGAUUGGAAAUGGGGAACAACACAAAGGCUGCAAUAAUGAGAGUUGGUCUGAGAGAAAUGAAGGCCUUCUCGAAGCUACUUUUCCCUUCUGUCAAGGACAGUACUUUCUUUGAGAGCUGCGGCAUAGCCGAUGUAAUUACAACUUGCUUGGGAGGAAGAAACAGGAAAUGUGCGGAGGCUUUUGCUAGGAAUGGUGGGAAGAGGUCUUUUGAUGAGCUUGAAGCGGAGAUGCUGCAGGGCCAGAAAUUACAGGGUGUAUCGACUGCAAAAGAAGUUUAUGAGGUUUUGAGACACAGGGGAUGGUUAGAGCUUUUCCCUCUCUUCUCAACGGUGCAUGAGAUCUGCAUCAGUCGUCUGCCACCAACAGCCAUAGUCGAAUACAGUGAGCACACCCCAAAAUAUUCCCUUGUAGGAGGGCCUGCUCAGUUUUUCUGAAAUUUUGCAUAAACGAAAUAAAGUUCAUUUAAAUUACUUUUUGAGUUUCUUAUGUCAAACUUCUGUGUUUCCACAAACUUGUACGAUACUUAGAGCUAGAGCAUCUUCUGUUAAUAUGUGAUCAAGCCACUUAAUAUAUGGCCCCAACAAAGAUGACAGCAGUAGGUUUAGUUUUCACAUUAUGCCUUUUAUAGUACAGAAGUCUCUCUUUACAUGAUUAUUUUGCAAUUA